AGAUCACAUUGACCCAGAGCUCUGAUAACCGUCCUGUCACUGGUCAUACACUUCCCAGACCAACCGAGGUCCAUACAGUGUGAGCUUGGGGCUACCGACCACCUAUAAAGAGCCUGGAGAUACUGACCAUCCACCAACACCAGAUACAUAACCAGCGAUCCACAGCCCACACUGCCGUCCUCUACUGGGCGUAUAUCACUCUAGAGCUGAGAUAUGCUACCUGCUACAUUCAAGCUGUGUGCUGGGAUAUCAUACCGACAUUUACGCAACAUGACAGGUCUACGGAGAACAGCUGCUGUGGCACUCUCGCAUGAACUGGAGAAACUGGCUCUGGUUGGACCUGGGCCCAGUCAAUGGAUAAACCAAGUUCGGAGGAGGAGUUCCUUGUUGAGUUCCAGGCUUGAUGAAAAAGUCUACAGUGAAAUUGAGACGUCCUACAUCAAACAGGGAGAAGAGGCUUUAAAGAAGUCAAUGAGCAUUCUUGGAGAGCAGGACGGAUGGAAAGUCGAGAUUGUGGCGGAAAACGGAGAUAAAGUAUUAAGUAAGGUAUUGCCAGACAUUGGAAAGGUCUUCAAGCUCGAGGCGGUGGUGGAGAAGCCUCUGGAAAGAGUCUACGGAGAACUGGUGGACAACAUGGAAAGGAUGGGGGAGUGGAAUCCCAAUGUGAAAGAAAUCAAGAUUCUCCAAAGGAUUGGUAAGGACACAGUGAUAACACACGAGAAAGCGGCAGAGACUGCCGGGAACAUUGUUGGGCCUCGAGAUUUCGUGAGCAUUCGGUGCAACAAGAGGAGAGGCUCCACCUGCAUCUUGGCCGGCAUGUCGACGAGGUUCGGGGGAAUGCCAGAACAAAAAGGCUACAUCAGGGCAGAGAAUGGGCCUACGUGCAUGGUCCUACACCCGGUACUUGAAGAUCCGUCAAAGACCAAACUAACUUGGCUUCUCAGUAUUGACUUAAAGGGAUGGUUACCCAAGUCUAUCAUCAACCAGGUCCUCUCCCAGACACAAGUGGAUUUUGCCAAACAUCUUCGGAGUCGAGUGGCCAUGUCUUCUAAUUUGUCUCUCUGCUAACCCAUCAUUCUUCAGCGAUUUGUAAUGACC